AUGCAAUGCUAUGUUUCUCAACAGCUACCCAAUGAUAGGAUUACAAAGAUUGAUGAGUUGGGAAAUGUAGGAAGCAAGCAGCUGUCUGGAUUUCAACAAGCACUUGAGUUUAUCCGGAGACCUCCUAUAGAUACCAAUUCUAUAUUAGUUGGCAAGAUAAUGGAAGCUAAUGGAACAGAUAGAGUUAAAUCCUAUGUCAACUCCGGUUGCAAGAAACCCAAUGACAGUGUCAAGAAUGUAACCAAUUCUUAUGUUCAGCAUUUGUCCUUGGUACAAAUGGAUGCUGCUGCUAUUCAUUAUCUUCUCUAUCUUGCAGCCAAUGUAAUAAUUAAUGAGCUUGAAGGUUUAUUAGGAGACGUAACGAGUGCCAUACAAAGUACACACGGGAAAUUAUCUGCCUUCUCAGAUAUUGAGUUUGGUGUUGAAUUGAAUGAUCAGGCAGCUUCUGAUGAUUUGGAAGAAAACGUUGGCUUCUCACAUUCUCAAAAUACUGAUUGCACAAAUACUGAAGAAAAGAAAAGUAGUGAUGUCACACAUUUUGCUUCUCUAAUGGCUAUCUUAUAUGGUAUGGUCAAGCAAGACUAUUUGAUGCAGGAUCAAUAA